AUGGGCUCUGAGAGUUUCCAGUACCGUGCUCUGUUUGAGUACAAACGCGAACGGGGCGACGAUAUCUCCCUCCAGCCUGGGGAUGUUUUGACCGUCGGCAAGCUGUCUCUGCUCACACCAGAGUACCAAGACGGGGAUGAGACCAGACCCAAAGGCUGGUUGCAUGGCACCAACGAACGGACCAAGGAGAAGGGCGACUUCCCCGGGACGUUCGUGGAGUACGUUGGGGUGGUGCGGGCGGGGCUGCCCCCUGGGAAACCCUGGCCCAGACCUGUACCACCCACCCCUGGGGGGCCACAAACCCCAGCAGGGCCUCAACCGUCGGGGGCUUCAGCCUCGGGAGGGUGUCACAUUGUGGAGAUUGUAGAACAGGCCAUGUUGCCAGACCAGGUUCCAGCUGUGGUUCUGAGGCUGACUGAAGCUCUGGAGAGACAAGGAUGGGAGGGGGAGCCUCUUUAUAGAACUCCUCCAGCCGGCACUGGACCCCCAGACUUACGCCAAGCCCUGGACACAGAUCCUGACAGCAUGGACCUGGACCAGUAUGAGUUGCCUGCGUUGGCCAGUGCUCUGAGGGGUUACCUGCAGGACCUGCCCUGCCCAGUUAUCCCGGCUGUUCUUUACAGUGAACUGGUCUACACCGCUCAAGAGACCCAGAGCAUGGAGGAUUGUGGCCAGCAGCUGAAGAGGAUUCUGGAGUCUCCCAGUAUUCCGCAGGCUAACCACCAGCUCCUGGUCUAUCUGACUCGGCACCUGAGCAAGGUUGCCCAAAAUGGGGCUCACACCCAGGCGACUCCCAGGCUUCUGGCCCAGGCCUACAGUGAUGCAGUCUUCAAAUACUCUCACUUCAGUGCCGAUGUGAACCCUGAGCACCAUGUGAAGGUUCUGGAGGCUCUGAUCACGGUUGGGGGUCUCAGUGAGAUGCAGCCUGCCCCAGCUCUUCCUCCCAAGCCAGCCAAAGCUAUGACUCCAGUGAACAGUGUGAAGGAUCUGGGCAGUGGAUCUUUGCAAGAGGCGGAGUGGUACUGGGGAGACAUAUCCAGGGAAGAAGUGAAUGAUAAACUGCGUGACAUGCCAGACGGGACGUUUCUGGUCCGAGAUGCUUCCACCAAGAUGCAGGGAGAUUACACACUAACACUGAGGAAAGGAGGUAAUAAUAAGCUAAUAAAGAUUUAUCAUCGUGAUGGGAAGUAUGGAUUCUCCGACCCUCUGACCUUCAGCUCUGUGGUGGAGCUCAUCAGCCAUUAUAGACACGAGUCUCUGGCCCAGUACAACACCAAACUGGACGUCAAACUAAUGUACCCCAUCUCCCGCUACCAACAGGAUCAGUUGGUGAAGGAGGACAAUAUUGACGCUGUGGGGAAGAAACUCCAGGAAUAUCACAAUCAAUAUCAGGAGAAAAGCAAAGAGUAUGACCGACUUUAUGAAGAGUACACAAAGACCUCACAGGAGAUCCAAAUGAAGCGGACAGCCAUUGAGGCGUUUAACGAGACGAUCAAGAUUUUCGAGGAGCAGUGUCACACUCAGGAGCGCUACAGUAAAGAGUAUAUCGAGCGCUUCCGCAGAGAGGGAAACGACAAGGAGAUCGAGAGAAUCAUGAUGAACUACGAGAAGUUGAAAUCUCGUCUGGGUGAGAUCCAUGACAGUAAAGUCCGUUUGGAGCAGGACCUGAAGACCCAGGCUAUGGACAACAGAGAAACGGACAAAAAGAUGAACAGUCUCAAACCAGACCUCAUCCAGCUGAGGAAGAUAAGAGACCAGUACCUGGUUUGGCUAAAUCACAAAGGUGUUCGUCAGAAACGGAUAAAUGACUGGCUGGGAAUCAAAAACGAAAACACAGACGAAGCCUACUUCAUGUGUGAGGAAGACGAGAACCUUCCUCACUGCGAUGAGAAGACGUGGUUUGUGGGCGACCUGAAUCGGACUCAGGCGGAGGACAUGUUACUGGGGAAGCCUGACGGAGCGUUUUUGAUCCGAGAGAGCAGUAAGAAAGGAUGCUACGCCUGCUCCGUGGUUGUGGAUGGUGAGGUGAAGCACUGCGUCAUCUACAGCACGCCGCGGGGCUACGGGUUCGCCGAACCCUACAACCUGUACAGCACUCUCAAAGACCUGGUCCUUCACUACCACCAGACCUCCCUGGUCCAACACAAUGACUCACUGAAUGUGCGACUGGCAUAUCCCGUCUACUCUCCCAUGCCCCCCACCCACAGAUGAACAUAAGCCCCCACAAUACCUGCCCGUGCACCCAGGAGACGGGGUCGGGGAUCCAACGAAUGAAAACACGAGAGUUAAAGAAAAACAAAAAAACAAAAAUAAACAAACAAAAAAAACAAAAAAACAAAAAACACUUGCUGCAGCACCCACGUCAGCCACCUUGGAGUGAAAUCUAUUUUUACUAGAACAAUUUGGAGGGCAUUCUUUGUAAAGACUGCUUGAUUUGCACAAGAAAGUUUGAAAUGUUUUGUGAAUGUGAAGACAGACUGACAGCAGGCAGGGAGCAGGGGCAGCAGAGACUCCACGCUGCUACUCUACCUCCAGCUGGGACUUUUUACACACGCGCCCUUUUAGCUUUU